AUGCGUCUUCCCUUCCUGCGCAGAGCCACAGCUCCAGAGAACCCCCUUGCUCACAUCGGCGCCAACUCUCAAAGACUCAAGACCCCACCUUAUCAGUACAAACCCUCAAGUACGCUUCAACUUAUCGUCCAUCUUCCCGCCAACGGUUUCGUUCACCUACAGCCUCCCCUCGAUACGACGUACUCAACACAUACUCCAGGACAGUAUGACCACAUUCUUAGCGGCGAGGUCGAGGUCAUUGCGCCACCUGACUGGAGCGACAACGUGGAGAGCAUCACUGUGGGCGUCAAGUCGCUUUGCAGGCUGAAUAUGGGACCGGGGCGGGAAGGAGAGGUCGACACUCUUUUUGAGAGAUCUGUCACCCUAAACGAAGGGCUUGAUAUUGUACCGGGAUCCCAGAGAUUCGCGUUCAAUCUGAUCCUACCGUGUACUCUUCCGGUACACGACUACCACGGUCCCGCCCCUACGUACAACACCAUCUCGUACCGAGCCCAUUCACAGCUAGUCGCCAUCUCAAGUCGUCCUCCCAAAGAGAAACCCAGCCCCGUUGACGCCUUCACCUCGGACAAUGCACCUACCCCCACCUUUGUGUCGGUCAAGCUCGAUGCGGGAGUCACGCGGGUCAUAUACGAAUCGAGCGCGAGGCUACGCGUGGCUCAUAUGUCGGAGAGGGAUGCGAAUUUUGAUACCCUCAACUUUGAAAGGCAGGGAUUGGCGGAGAACCUCGGGGUGUACAACAUCAAGCUUCAAUCGGAUAUCUGGACUAUAGCCGCUCCGUUUCAUUUCAUCGUCCAGCUCCCAUCCCUCUCCCCUCUCAUCACGAUAUUCACCGUACGGUUAUCCAUCUUGCAGGCUCCGUCUAUGCGAUCUCCGCGGGAUUCACCGGGAACGCCACCGUUGACGUCCACGGUCAAAGUUGUGCUGGCGGAAAUAGGCGAGAAGGUGCCGUCUAAUCAUCUGCAUCCGGGAAAAGAGCGACGCGCACUGUGGAGAGGCAGUGAUGUGGGCGGACACGGUACAGGAGAUGGCUGGAAAGAGGAGAUCUUUGCGCGGUUGCCGACAGAUCGAGUGCUGAGAGCUUCGACUGUGCCAGGGAUCAUCACGCCAAUCCACGUCACUCAUGCGAUAUGCGUAGAGAUAUCCUACUCAGUGUACGGGCAGUAUGCGGAUGGGAGGGAGAUGCGACCUACCGGACCGGGAGAAUUGAAGACUUUGAGGAUAACAGAGGGGAUUGUGCUGCCUGCGCGGAACGAAGCAUCUAGGUACACCCCGCUCGAUCGAGUACGGUACCGCAAACACCUCGACCCGCUGGAAUCCGGCGAGAUCACGGCCGUCGGCGGCGGCCAUGCCAUAUGGUACGGGACGUACUCGGAUGCCUCCACGGUCGCUCAUAUCGAGCAGGCGCGCGAGUCGCUCGCUCACGAGAUCGCGCGGCAGUGCGCCAGGCGGGAAGGCAUGAUGACGCGAUUGACAUCCGACGAGGACGCCCCUCCACGGUCGCUCAAAUCGAGCAGGCGCGCGAGUCGCUCGCUCACGAGAUCGCGCGGCAGUGCGCCAGGCGGGAAGGCAUGA